UAGCUAAUUAAUUUAUUAAGAUGAAGCAUUUGCAGCUAUCUCUCUUGUGUUCAUCAUGGCUCAUUCCUUUUUGGAUGCUGGUUCAUCAAGUCUUACAACAACCAAAUGGUUGUUUUGCUUGUGUAGAGGAAGAGAGGAUUGCUCUUCUUGAUAUCAAAUCAACAUUUAGUGAUCCAUACUCUAUCCGUGAGUCAUGGAAUAAGAGUUCCUUUGAUUGUUGUAGUUGGUAUGGAGUUUACUGCUCACCCACCACUAAACAUGUCAGGCACCUGGACCUUGCAGCUCUCACAUCUUGGGAGGGAGAUAGUAACAACAUUUUGAAUAUCUCAAUGUUCCUACCUUUCCAAGAACUGCAAGGCCUUAUUUUAUCGGACAACUUUUUCAACAGUUGCAUCCCUAGUGAUUGUUUUGGGAGUCUAGCAGAAUUGGACAACCUCCAGCACUUGGAUCUCUCGCAUAAUAAUUUUUACUUUAUUAAUGUAUCCAUUGCCACACCAAAGUUGAGCAAGCUUGAAUACUUGGAUUUGUCCUACAACCAAUUAAAUGGAAGCAUUGUUCCAUAUUUGAUUGGGCUAUCUUCGCUCAAGGCUCUUUCUCUGCAUUGGAAUAAUAUCGGACGUGGACUUCCUUUCAAAGUAUCUAGUGCCACACUGAAGUUGAGCAAGCUUAAAUACUUGGAUUUGUCCUACAACCAGUUAAAUGAAAGCAUUGUUCCAUAUUUAGUUGGGCUAUCUUCUCUCAAGGCUCUUUAUUUGGAUGGGAAUAACAUGGGUGGUAGACUUCCUCUUAAAGGAUUGUGCAAGAUAAAGAAUCUUGAAGUGUUAAGCAUUGGUCACAAUAAUUUAAGAGGAGAUAUUUCAUCGUGUCUUGGGUAUCUACCAUCUCUCAAUUAUUUUGAUAUCUCCUACAACCAAUUCCGAAUGCCUUUUCCUAUGACUAUCAUUGGAAACCUUUACAAAAACUCAAUGGCAUAUAACAACCUCUCUGGCCCAACACUUGGAAUGGUUGGACAAUUUAGCACAUUUGAUGAGAAAAGCUACGAGGGGAAUCCUUAUCUUUGUGGCCCUCCUUUGGUGAAGAGUUGCAAUAAUAUAUCAUCACCACAACAAAAUCAAGUUAAAGAUGAUCACAGAAAUGAAGAAACAAUGGAGCGCCUUAUAACCAUAGCAAUUUUUGCUUUGGGCUCAUUAUGA